UUUUUUUGUUUAAAUUUCUUUAUAUAAAUAGUGAUGUCAAUAAGUUAAUUUUUGUAGUUUUCAAAUAAAAUUCAUUAAAACAACAUGUUGAUUAAGAUAAACUGGCAUUUAUGUGUGUUUUUAUUAAUAUUCAACUAUUUCCACUAUGGCGGAACUGUAAACUAUAAUCCAUAUGCAAGUAAUCAACCUCACCUGUUACAUGCCACAAAUAGUGAUAAUGAUGACUACAAAAACAAUGCACCACAACCUGCCACCAAUGAUUACACUGUUUAUAGACAAUCUCAGCAAAAUCUACAAGGAAAUUCUAAUUAUCAACAAUUGUAUCGUUAUUAUUACACUCCACCAUAUCAGCAACAGAUGCAGCCACCUCAACCCACACAACUAUGGUCUGGUCCACCCAUAGUAGUUGAGGAUGACAUUCAACAACAACAACAGCAGUCGUCAUCAACAGCAAAUAUUCCACCAACAUUGUACCAACAACGUUCUACUACUACAAGUAGCAUGUUAUUGCCAUCUCUACAUAGGAAUUCGAAAGCACUACCACCGCCAGUUUAUAGCCCACAAAAUACUCGUACUACCCAGUUUGAUUAUAACAACAACAAUAACCAUAAUAUUGUUUAUCAUAGAGAUUUUAGACAUCAAAUUGAUGCCAUACCUGAAUCAAAACACACUACACAACCAGACAUCGUAUCUUGGAAUAAUCAACAGCAACAACAUCAGCUACUGGAGCCCCAACAACAACAGGAGCCACAACAAUUUUAUGCCACUAAUACGAAUUUACGUUACAAUGGAAUUUCAAAUGAUUUAACUUCAUUGAGAAAAGAUAAUGUACCAGAUUAUGGAGAACAUUUUAAACGUUAUUUAGAAAAUAAUCCACAUAGAAUUAGACCAAUAUAUUAGAUUAGAAUGGAGGCAGAAGAAAGUGAUAAUAAAAAAUGCUAAAUAGAACAAGUAAGAAAGUAUGAUCGGUUAGGCAGGACAAGGCUUUACCCUACACCAUUUG